AUUUAUUCCCUGCAUAAAAACCCAAAGAGACACUUUCUCCACUACAGCAGCUAAGGCAACGAAGCUCUUCUCGGUGGUCCUCGUCGGCGCUAAAGGUAAGCCAUGAAACAUAACAAUGUUAUACCAAGUGGGCACUUCAGGAAGCACUGGCAGAACUAUGUGAGGACAUGGUUCAACCAACCUGCACGCAAGCAAAGGAGGAGAGUUGCCAGACAAAAGAAGGCUGUGAAAAUUUUCCCCAGGCCAACUGCUGGGCCUCUCCGCCCUAUUGUCCAUGGACAGACCCUCAAGUACAACAUGAAGGUUAGAGCUGGUAGGGGAUUCUCCCUUGAGGAGCUUAAGGCUGCAGGCAUCCCAAAGAAGCUGGCCCCCACAAUUGGCAUUGCAGUUGAUCACCGUCGCAGAAACUCUUCUCUUGAGGGUCUCCAGACUAAUGUUCAGAGGCUGAAGACCUACAAAGCCAAAUUGGUUGUCUUCCCAAGACGUGCACGCAAAUUUAAGGCUGGUGAUUCUACUGCUGAGGAAUUAGCCACUGCAACCCAAGUCCAUGGUGCUUACUUGCCCAUCGGACGGGACAAACCAGCAGUGGAGCUUGUUAAGAUCACAGAAGAUAUGAAAUCAUUCAAGGCUUAUGACAAGCUGCGUUUGGAGAGGACGAACGAGCGUCAUAUGGGUGCUAGGCUUAAGAGGGCUGCUGAAGCAGAGAAGGAAGACAAAAAAUAGAGAGAUGCUUGGACCAUAUGAUGCCAUGAUAUCUUUGCAGUUUUCCAUCUUAGUGUUAUUGAGUUAUUAUUGGAGUGUCACUCUGAAUCACAUUAUCAUUUAUAUUUCUAGUUGAAUGUAUGAAUUUCAAGACUGAUUUUAUGAGGAUGUAUUUUAUUAUCUUAGGCUUACAGUUUUUA